UUACAGACUUCUGCCGACACCUCAGUGAGCUUCAGGAGGUCCCACACUUUUUCGGGAAUGUCUCGAAAGUCUUGGAUUGAGGAAAACUUCUUCAAGAGAGAGUGUAUAAAGUUUAUCCCUUCCUCACGGGACCUUCACAGAUGUAUUCCAGUAUGUCAAGUAUGCCAAAACUUGAUCAGAUGUUGCUGUGGCCGCCUAAUAGGGGAGCACUCUUGGCAAGAGUCACCUCCUCCCAUAUCCCUCUGUCCUGGUCCUGGACAGGACAUAGAAGAUAACUGGUCCACAGAACUCCACACCAAAGCCAGUCCCACCAAUGCCUAUGGGAUUGUAGACUUUGAAGAUACUGCCACACGUGUCUGUCGGGGGAAGUACAUACGAGUGGCUGUGGACUCAAAGGCAGAGGCUUUGCUCCAGCUGAUGCUGAGGGAGUGGCAGAUGGAGAGACCCAAGCUGCUGCUGACUGUCCAAGGAGGCUCGGAAAACUUCUCCCUGCCCCCUAAAGUCAAGCAGGCCUUCAGCAAAGGGCUGAUCACUGCCGCCCUCAGCACAGGGGCAUGGAUACUCACUGAUGGCAUCAAUUCGGGUGUGUCUAAGCAUGUGGGUGAGGCAGUGAAAACAUUCGGGGGCCAUGAUCUGAGGAAGAGAAACACAGUCGGCAUCACGCCGUGGGGCGUUAUUGACAACAACGUGGACCUUAUAGGCAGAGAUGUUUUUAGACCCUACCAGCCGCUGGGGAACCCUUUGAGCAAGAGGGCCUGUCUCAACGGUUUCCACUCACACUUUCUGUUGGUGGAUGACGGAACGCUGGGAAAACAUGGCUGCCAGCAAGGCCUCAGGAGGAAGCUAGAGAAACAAAUUCAGCUACAGAAGAUACACCCGCGACUGAAACAAGGCGUGCCUGUGGUGUGUGUGGUAGUGGAAGGAGGCCCUGCCAUUGUGUCCACAGUGUUGGACUAUGUAAGCAGUGUACCCCCUGUGCCGGUGUUUGUGUUCGAGGGCUCGGGCAGGGCUGCUGACUUGCUCGCCUUCUUACACAAGCAGACUGCUGCUGACAGGCAGUUGGAUGCAGACAUUAAGGAGGACUUCCUUGUCAGGAUUGGAGAUGUGCUCAGGGUGGACAGUGCAGAAGCCUUUCACCUUUACAAUCUCUUCCUGCAGUGUAUGGAUUACAGACAGUCUAUAACCAUCUUUGACUCUGAGUCAGACGACCAGGUGCCGACUGAUGCAGCCAUUUUGACAGCAACACUUAAGGGCACCAAGGCCAGCCCUGCAGAGCAGCUGAGUAUGGCUCUUGCCUGGGACCGAGCUGACAUAGCACAGAAAGACGUCCUGGUGUAUGGACAGCACUGGCAGGUGGGUUCUCUGGAACAAGCCAUGCUUGAUGCUCUGGUGAUGGACCGUGUCAGUUUUGUCAAACUGUUGAUUGACAACGGGAUGACUAUGAGUCGCUUCCUCACUGUGGAUCGCCUCGAGGAGCUCUACAACAUGAGUCCACAGGAUUCGACCAAUCGUUUCCUGCAGCUCCUUGUUGAAGAUGCAAAACAGAGUUCUCUUCCCAUAGGUUACCGUCUUUCUGUCAUUGACAUGGGCCUGGUGAUAGAGUAUCUCAUAGGAGGAGCGUACCGCAGCAGUUACACACGGAAACACUUCAGAGCUGCUUACGGCCGCCCGCAGGCUAAAGAACCAGACGUGUCAACCGGCAUCAGUCAAGAAAUCACGUCAAGCCCUGGCCUCGACGACGCUCUACUGCUGGUUUCCUUCAACUUCAACGACCUCUUUGUAUGGGCUGUGCUUCAACAACGGCAGCAGAUGGCACUGUUCCUGUGGCAACACGGCGAGGAGGCUCUGGCACGUGCCACAGUAGCCUGCAAGCUUUACCGCUCCAUGGCCUUCGAGGCACGGCAGAGUAGCUUGGACGACGACGUCACAGAGCGAUUCAAGGCAUAUUCGAUUGAGUUUGGUCAGCUAGCCGUGGAUGUGUUGGACUGUGCAUUUCGUCAGAACGAGCAGAUGGCCAUGAAGCUGUUGACUUCAGAGAUGGAGGCAUGGAGCCACUUCACCUGUCUGCAGAUGGCUGUCUCCUCAUGUCACAGAUCAUUCGUCUCUCACUCCUGCACACAGACCCUCCUCACAGAUCUGUGGACUGGUCCACUCAAAAUGAGGAAAAACUCCUUUCUGAAGAUCAUUUUGAGCCUUCUUCUGCCCCCUGCUGUUAUCCUACUGGAGUUUAAAAGCAAGGCUGCCAUGUGCCAUGUACCCCAGUCCCAUGAGGCAAUGCUGUUUGGAUUUGACACUGUGAAGUCAGUACCAGCCCAUGAGGGAACUGAUCAUAUGGGCAGUCGGGAUGCAGACCGAGGCCUGUCUUUCCAUGACAAAUUUCUCAGCCCUGUGUCAGAAACUGUGUCCUCUGUGACCAUGCAUUGUCUUUCCUGGAUCACAAGACUCUAUGAAUUCUAUACAGCUCCUGUUGUCAAGUUCUGGUUUCACACAAUUUUCUAUUUGGCCUUCCUGAUGUUAUUCUCCUUCGUUGUCCUGGUGAAGAUGGAGGACAAGCCCAGUGUUCAGGAGUGGUUGGUCAUAGCGUACAUCUUGUCCACUGCAGUGGAGAAAAUCCGAGAGGUACUAAUGUCAGAGCCGAGGAAGUUGAGCCACAAGCUGAAGAUUUGGUUCUCAGAGUACUGGAACAAGUCAGACUUCAUUGCCAUCCUGCUCUUCUUGGCUGGACUGACGUUGCGCUGGCAUGCUGGUUCCUACCUGACUGCAGGACGCAUUGCUUACUGUCUGGACAUCAUCUUCUGGUUCAUCAGGGUGACAGAUCUGCUGGCUGUCAAUCAGCAUGCUGGUCCUUACCUCACCAUGAUCACUAAGAUGACCAGUAACAUGUUCUUCAUUGUGGUGAUGAUGGCAAUAGUGCUGCUGAGCUUCGGGGUGUCCAGAAAGGCCAUCCUGUCCCCAGAAGAGGAGCCGUCCUGGAAUCUCGCUCGAGAUAUAGUCUUCCAGCCAUACUGGAUGAUCUAUGGAGAGGUCUACGCAACAGAAAUAGAUCCUUGUGAUGAUGGUAUUCCAUGUGCUCCUGCUUCAUUUAUUGUGCCAUUCCUCCAAGCUGUCUAUAUGUUCUUCCAGUAUAUCAUCAUGGUCAACAUUCUAAUCGCAUUUUUUAACAACAUAUACUUUGACAUGGCGUCAACGUCCAAUCAACUGUGGAAGUACAACCGUUAUCGUUACAUAAUGACCUAUCAGGAUAGGCCAUGGCUGCCUCCACCCCUCAUCAUCCUCAGCCACAUGACUAUGGGUUUGAGGGCCAUCUACAAGAGAUUAUGUGGAGCUGCAGAGCGGGAGGAGAGAGGCUCUGGACUUAAGCUAUCCUUGGGCCCUGAUGAUCGUAAGAAGCUCCAUGAGUUUGAGGAGAAAUGUGUACAGGCCUACUUCCAUGAGAAGAGUGAAGGUCUCAACAGCAGUCAAGUUAAUCGGAUCAAAGCAACAGCUAAGAGAGCAGGGGAGAUGUGCGUGCUAAUGGGGGAGGUCUCAGAGAAGGUGAACUUCAUUCAGGACAGCCUCUCAGAGUUGGACAGUCGGCUGGGUCAACUCCAUGAUCUUUCAGCCCUGGCCAUGGACAACCUUACCCUGCUCUCUGCUUCAGACAGCCUUCAUCAGGAGGAGGCACGCCUGGCUCAGUGUGGAUCCAUUACAGCUUCCCAGCACAUCCUUCCACACAGCUGGACCCUCCGGCACAGAAGCGGAGCAGACUAUGAUGUACUUAACAUGCGACGGCCGAUGGCCAAGUCAUGUGAAAGUACCCCUCUUUUGUUGAAGGGCUUUACUCUCGGGGAGAGUAGACGGACAUCACAAGAGUGCCAUGUCGAAGCCAGGGGGAGCAGGGGGGGGAAACAAGAGCACGCUGAGGACGGAGAGGGAGAAGAAAAGGAGGAUUCACAGUCUGAUGUUGUUGGCCUUCCCAGUGAGAGCUUGCUGGGAGUGUCUCGACCAGCAUCCCAUGCUGCCUUCUCUCACAGUUAUGGAGUUCAUCUAGGUGGUCUCAGGGAUCAGACACCUUGUGAGUCCUCUGGACCAUCCCGCUGUGGGUCUCCUCUUUCUUCCAGAGGCUUGGAGUCGCCAUAUCAUAAAUUAUGGACAUGUGACCCAUACCUGUAUCCCAAUCAAGAGGAGACUUCCAUGGAAGAGGAGGAAGAGGAAGAAGAACAUGAGGAAGAAGAAGAGCAGGAGAGGGGAAAGACACCGGAACAGCUGUCUAACAUGACACUGUCCCGAGCCUCUAGCAAUGCCGUCCUUCUGUCUGACCCUGGAGACAUUUCUGAGGGUUUGGUCAAUCCAGCCUUUUCUCAGGACAAUUGUCAACUGAGUUGUCAUUCCAGAUCCUCCAACCUCUGGGGAAGACACGUGAAAAACUCCAAGUGGGCUUGUCUGUCCAGGGACCAACCCUAUGGCUACUGCAGGUCACUGCCAUCCAGCAUGGAGAAUGUGACUCUCUCUGGCACACAGCUGGGUCCAGUGAGGGGAUCCUUUCCCUCUCUCAAUGAAACAAUGAACAAAGAAAGUUUGUCUGGUGGGAGGAGCUUAAGGGAUGACACAUCGCUACAUUGCAGCAGAAGCAGAGAAUGGUCCAAGUCCUCUGACUUCACUCAGGUCUUGGACAGCAGAGGCAAAACCCUGAACAAGAAGACAGUGAAGAUACAAGAGAACAGCCCAGAUACUGUGACUGUCCAUCCCCACUUGCCAGAGGCCUGCUGGAGAAGGCGACGGUGGAUGAGAGGAGAACCUACAUGUUGGUCGGCUUCAGCUAGCCUCAGUCAGCUCAAUUUUGAACCCAUGGAUUUGUUGCAGAAACAAGUGUUUCCCCAUCAGGAUGUGAGGAGCCCCACUCAUUCAGCAUGGAACAGCUGGGCCAGAUCCAUGAGCCACAUGUCUUCUUUACCGAGUGGCAUUGCCCCUGAAGUCAAAAGUUCAUCAUUCCAGUCCACGGAUAAUUUGUACCCACACUAUUCAGCCAUGGAAAGAAACAAUCUGAUGAGACUGGCUCACACCAUCCCCUUCACUCCUGUUUCCAUUUUAGGGGGUGAAGAGGUGAGCAUCUACUCUCUGGAGGAAGUGCCCUCUGAUUCUGAUCCCAGCAUGGUCUCCUCUUGGUCCUCCCGAGGACUGUCUGCGUUGCUGCAGCCCCUCUUCAGUGAGGAGGGGUCUCUGGAUGGGGGACUCCGGAAGGGCUGCAGGGUUUUGUGUACCUGGGCAGAAAAGGACGUGCUCAGACCUGGUCUGGUAUAUGUGGUCAAAGCCUUCAGGCCAGAGGUGGUUCGUGCCUGGCAGAGGUAUUUCCAUGGCAGCACAGCUCUGCAGCUUUGUUUAAGAGACAUCCAGCAGCAAAGAGCAGCCCAGAAGAUGAUGCAAGUGUUCAACCAGGUCAAACCUGAUGACAUGCACCACUCACCGAGAUUUCUUGAUGUAUCACUGGUCCUCUGGCAUUCGAAUGGCCAGUGGCUGACCAUUGAGAGAAACAUGUCCGGUGACUUCAGGAAGUACAACAAUAACACAGGAGAAGAGAUCACCCCCUGCUGUUCCCUGGAAGAAAUGCUGCUGGCAUUCUCACAUUGGACGUACGAAUACUCAAGCAGAGAGCUGCUGGUGCUUGAUAUUCAAGGAGUAGGAGACGAGCUUACUGAUCCCACUGUCAUUAUGUCAGACAACCAAAGUGGUAAUAGGGGUGAGAUGCUUUUUGGACCCGAUAACCUUGGAGAUGCGGCCAUAAAAGCUUUCCUGCAGAAACAUUCUUGCAGCAUCAGUUGUCACCAACUGGGCCUUAAAGAUUUAAGGAAGCGUCUGGACAGCAGCGAGGCAGAGUCAACGUUGGGGAAAGAAGAACAAGAGGACGAUGAAAGCAGAAUGUAACCUUUGACCCAGGAAGUAGGGGGGGGGAAACACAUUCUAUCAACACAAAUAUCAAAACGUGUUUGUCUAAGCAAACAGUCACACGUAUGUUCUCAGGAAACACUGCGAUGAUGUAGUGCAUCACACGUUAUUCCUUUCCGGUGGAAACAGUGUGAUUGAGGAAUGAGAUCUCAUUAGCAAUCUGUGAUUGGACAUUACUUUGUUAUUUGCACUAAGGAUGCUAAUAUAUUCUUUCAAUACAUUAAAUAAAUGUAAAUGUUGUGUUGUAUUCUUAUAAAAAUGAAUGUUUAUGCUUUGCCAUGAAUCGUAUAUGGAAAUAGAGAUUUAUUUUAUAAGAUUUGACCAAGGUCUAAUUUAAAUUUGUUUGUACUUUGCUCUGUAAAUAUUGAGAUAUAAAGACAGUGAAAGUUACGGGUGUAAUUAUUAUACAUGUACCCCUUCCGCAUAAGGCUAAAAUAGUUCCAUGUUUGGCACAAUUGAAAAACAUUAUAAUUAAAAGAAGUGAAUGUGUGACACAGAAAAAGAGGCAGAAAUGCACCCAUAAAAUUUCUUUUAUUUUUUUCUUCCCACAACAAAAUGUCUACAAAAGCGAUAAAAUAUAGAAUUUAACAAAAAUCACUUCAGACCUUCACAUUGUAUAUACAUCUCAAAGGAGGACUCAACAAAGGGCCCUGCAUAGCUCUGAACCUCUUACUGCCAGAUCCAUCAUAUGUGGGUGUUCUUUCAGUCUUGUGUGAAAAUGAAAACUCUACAGCAGAGCUCAUGGAGAUGUAGUAAAAGUCAGAGUUCAGAGUCAAGCAGAGUCCCCUCUCAACAAAUGAAAAAGCAUAAAAUGUAAAAACAGUUUGUCAGUGUAAUCAAUUACACAUUUUCCAAGGAGUUCCCCUUUUUUUUGAUUGGUUUCUUAAGUAAACUCGCACAGUAAAGCAUCUACGCCCCAGUCUGCCAAUCCCUUGUCUCCUCACUAGCUAUGGCACUUUGAAAACAAAAAGAAAGUCAUUUUUUGUGUUUAUUGUUUUUGUUUUGUUUCAUUAGUCCUGUGUAAAAGAGGUUCUGUAGCCCAAGCACCUUUCAGGUUUCGGUCACAGAUUGCUACAUUUUGUUUUAUUUGCUCUUGCUGGGAUGCAAAGACAUUCUAAACAAUAAAUUAACAGUUUUCAACACUACUCCAAUUGCACGCAUGUGUAAUGCAUCAAGAAAGUUUACAAAGCAUUGGUAGAGCAAACAUCAUCUCACUCUCUCUCUGUUUCUUUGUCUCUCACACACACACACACACGCACACAUUCACACAGGUUUUCUCAGAAGAGGGAGUAGGAGG